AAUACAUGGAUGUAAAAUUUAUAAGUGUAUUUUACUGGACAUGAGUAUUUUCCGGCUGAAAAUUAAACAUGUGGGUGGAGGUCUGUAUUUAUUUUACAGGUGUAUUGGGUAGAAAACGGUAUGCCAGGCAGGGUCUUACCUACUUCCCCCUACUCCCUAUUCCUCCUAGCUAGUCGCCACUGCUACAGUACUACUGCCAAUCAAUUCUAAUCCGCAACGCAGCAGCAGACAUGUCGGGCAGCGCCGGCGGCGGGCGGCGAGGCUGGAGCCCGUUCGACGCGAUCCGCAGCUUCCCUUCGAACCCGGAGUCCCUCAUGUCGCAGAUCGACGCCGCCAUCGCCUCCACGGAGUACUCCCGCGCCUGCGCCCUCCUCGAUCCGGCCUCUGCCUCCAACUCCUCGCGGCCUCCGCGCGGCAAGGGAGAGAAGGCGGAGGAGGAGCAGGAGGAGGCGUCGUCCGCUGCACGGGCGCCUCCUAGUCCUACCCCCGCCGCCGCCUGCCACGACGCGAGGGUCGCGGACGAGGCGUACCGCGCGGCGUGCGCGGCGCUCGGGGCCGGGCGGCCGGACGCGGCCGUGCGGUCGCUGCGGGCGGCGCUGGCCAGCUGCCCGCCGGAGAAGGCCGCGGCGGUCGCCAAGGUGAGGUCGAUGCUGGCCAUCGCGUCCGCGCAGCUGCACAGGCAGCAGCACCAGGCUCAGCAGCAGAGCGGCAGGAAAUGAGACGAUAGGUAGUGCUCGCCUGGUAAUCUCAACAAGAUUGGUUCCUCCGAUUCGAUCCUUGUAACUGGUUUCCUCAGAUUCGAUCCUCGUUGUCACCCAUGUAACUGGGAGAAGUAAUUAUAUCACUACCCAUUACUCCAGUAGUAAACCAUAGCUGCCGGAGGUAUGCAUCUUUGCUGAUGCAGUAAUAAAGGGGUUGUAUGCAUCUUGCUGAUGCAGAGGUGGGAGGUAUUCCUCCUUUUCUAAAAAAAAAAAAGUAAACCAUAGCUGCAUGGAGUUAUUAUAGUGCAGAAAAAAAAUGAUCAGAGGCUUUGUAAGUUUAUUAUCGUAAUGGCUGUCUUCGGAGGCAGUCCAAUUUUUUGCAGAAAUCAGGAGAUGUUAAAUUGGCAGGCA